CAGGUCUUGUCUCGAGAAUGGGCUCAUCCUAAAGAACAGCACGCACUUGUUUGGACACAUGGGUUAGAUUCUGUAAGUUGAGUUUGAAUAAGAUAUAUUUACUCCACAUAAGGUAUCGCCUUUCGGUUAGUCACCGAUAGGCGGCAGCACAAAACUCAUCUUCAGCGAAUUCCUCUUUCUCACAGGUGCAUCACCAGACUGGCAAGCUUGUUCUCUUCCAACUUGACGACGACAGCUCGAGCCGGUAUGUCAACACAAUCGCCCGACCUCAUGCAUGGGGCACCUCCACACGUUAUGAGCUGCGAGAUGUUCGAGCAAGAGUUGCGACAGGCUCGUAUCCUGUUGAAGGACUGUCCCUUCGACUACGAGUAUCCAAGAGCGAUGCUUAAAGUAUCUCUGCACCUACCAAGCCCAGCCGUUCUUCCAAAAUGGGUGGAGAAUUACCCCUCCAGACUCAAAUGGGACCAGCACAAUAGCGUGCCAGGAAGCAAUCAUGAGAUGAGUAUCGUCACAGCACAUCGUGCAUAUCCAAAUAGGGAUAUCGCAAUACUCACCUUCACAUUGCCUAUGGCGGUCUGGGAACAUCUACAGCACUCAGAGACAUCUCGGAACAUCAGCUUAAUUAGCUUGGUCGCCGAACCUGAUGUUGUGGGGGACACCCAGCUGACUCAUUUACUUGUGAGAGCAGCAAGAAGAGUCAAUGAAGGAUCAAUCCUAGGAAGUCAGCUUGAGGAAGAUCUCGAAAGAGCUCGACGUGCUGGAGCCGAUGGUCUGGAAACCUUGGUCCCUAGGAACUUUCCGAUGCCUUGCGUCAUGUUCAGCGUUCGUCUACGGACAGACAAGUACCAUGAAGUCAAAUAUAUCCCGAAUGCCUGCGACGUCGACAUGCAAGCAUGGUUGAACAGAGACACCACAUUCAGCUGGGCCGGGCUUGAACCGAAAUGCCAAGGUAUACAUCUGAAGUUUAUCAGCGAAACUCCCUGCGACGGCGGAUCCGAAGUCACUUUCGCAAUAACAAAACGCUAUUGGCCAUAUCUCGAAGCGACAUCUGAAGUCUACCGCUUCGUCCAAUAUUUGAACAAACGCGAGUACAGAGAGUUGUCUCCCAACUGUUUCUUGAGCCCCUCACCUCCCCCAGAACCUCAAUCAACCGAGCAACAAGAACCACAAACAGGUGUGUUAAGUAGAAAACGCGCAAGAAAAAGAUGAGCAGGAAGGCGGAAAAGCAGGCGAAGAGCCCGACUAGGACACAGUCAGACCUGGACGCUAAAAGAUCAGACAUCAUAACAGACAAUACCAAGGAAGGUCGCAUAGAAUCUCGAAAAAUAGAGUCGUGUGAUCUGUCCAGAUACCCCUCCUUUCGGUCCUUGUAUCGCACAUCUUCCGAGCUUCGCUUUUCGCCAACACACUCAACCGUCUUCAGGCAGUGUAGAUAUAUCCCUGAGGAUAUCUCUUUCCUGAACAUGAGAGACGAAGCGGAAAGCCAAGAUCUCCGUAUUCAGACAUGUCCAUAUCCUGCUCGGGAUCGAAAAGAGCAGCACAAUAGUAGAGGAAGAAGCAUAGUGUGCCGCAAUGAUCUCGAUGUCUAGAGUCGAAUCCGAGGAAAGAUCCUUUAGCCACGAAAUCCAAUCUUGAUGGUUCAUCUCGCCAUCAUUUUCAAGAUAAACCGAG